AUGGCAGCCACCAAUAGAAAUAUGCAAAUUGAAACCUUGGCUUGGAUAACUGAUGAUGGAGCUGAAUUUUGGACGAGUACAUCACCUAUAGAAAAAAAUAAUGUGUCUCAUCAUUUUUCAACAUCAAAAGAUUUGUCUUCAAAUAUUUUUACAUUUGAUGGUCUUUACUUUAAAACAAAUAAUCCAUCACAUACAGAAAUGCAAGAUCAUCUAUCAUUGUUAUCUAAACAAGCAAUUCAAAAACAAGUCAGAGAAGAGCAAGAUAAAGUCGAGAAAAAACAGUUAUUUAACAUAUUUCAACUAAAUAAAAAUAUUCAUCCCAAUGAAAAAAAUUCUGAAAAAACAAUAGGCUUUCUUGGUCGAUUAUUUCAUCAAUUAACAAGAUCAUCAUCUUCAGAAUUCGAUUAUUUAGAUGAUGACGUCUUUAUCGAUUCCGAUGAAAGCAACAUAACAACUGUUGUCAAUAAUAAUACAGAUAUUGAUGCAUCAUCCAAUGUUGAAAAUAAAAUUCCAGAUAAUAUUCCAUUUAUGAAUACUAUUCGAUCAUUUAUUGAUGAAUUAAAUGAAGAAAAAGAUGUUAUUAUGGGAAUAAUUGAUGAAGAAACAUUAGUUAAUCGAAGAAGUCAAAAAGCAAAAUCUUCAAUUUUAUCAAUAAAAAACCAAUAA